AUGGCGAUAACCCAGUCUCUCACGGGCUUGAUCCUAGAUCACUUGCCCGUGUUAUCUACUGCCGUGAUUCUUUGCCUAGCUUCGGUUGUUGUACCACACAUACUUCAAAGGGCCCAACUAUGGAAGAUUCCGAUGAUCGGGGAGGAGUUAGGCAGUACGGAAAAGAGGAGACAAGCGUACCUGGCCGGGGCUAGAAAGCUAUACACCGAGGGGUAUCGAAAGUUCAAAGAUGGCGCGUUCAGAAUCACCACAUCUCGAAAUUCCUCCAUCGUGGUCUUAUCUCCCGCAUUUCUUCCGGAGCUCAAGAAGCUGCCGGAUGCUAUUGUCAGCAUGGAAGCCGCUGUUGAUGAGGCCAUGGAAACCAAGUACACUCGAAUCGACACAUAUGUACCGAUCGUUCCACACACGAUUAAGGCCAGUUUGACGCCGUCACUAGUUCACCUCAACCCCACAAUCGCCCAAGAGGUUCGGGAAGCGUUGAGCCUCGAGAUGCCGGCCGGACAAGAUUGGACAGAGAUCAACAUCCACAGUAUGCUUGUCCGAGUUGUGGCUAUGGUAUCUGGACGAUUGUUCAUUGGUCCCGAGCUUUGCCGAACUGAGAAGUAUUUGGAUGCCGCCAUCAACUAUACGAUGGAGGUGAUGGAAGCUCAGCGUGCAGUCCAACGUCUCCGCCCCUGGCAGCGCCCGUUUUUGGCCAACAGUCUUCCCCAAGUCAAGAAGCUCGAGCAGCGAAUCAAGGAAGCUGAUGCAUUCAUGUCGCCUGUUGUCAAACGCAGAGAAGAGGCUGCUAAGGAUCCGGGUUUCGAGAAGCCGACUGACAUGCUUCAGUGGAUCAUGGAUGCGCGGGAGAAAUUCCCCGACAAGAAUAGCCGCAACAUGGCCAAGGUUCAGCUCGGAAUCAGUUUUGCUGCUAUUCACACCACCACUCUGACUGCUACAAACGCAUUCUACGACGUCGCAGCCUCGCCUGAACUUGCGGCUGAGCUCCGCGAAGAGGCUCGGCAAGCUCUCGCAGAACAUGAUGGCGUUUUCACCAGCAACGCAUUGCAGUCGAUGAAGAAAAUGGACAGCUUCCUGAAGGAGACGCUUCGUCUUCACCCCGCAACAAUGGCUUCCUUCCAGCGAAAGGUCCUGAAAUCAUUCACACUCUCCAAUGGCCAGGUAAUUCCAGCCGGCGUGACGAUCGAGGUCCCAGCGGUUGCAGUCAACUCCGACCCCGAAGUGUUCCCCAAGGCCGAUGAGAUGGACCCACUGCGAUUUUACAGACUCAGACAGGAUGCCAAAGCCAGUGGUUCUGUGGAAGGCUCUGCUCUCAACCAGUUUGUGAGCGUUAGCCAAAACAGUCUCACCUUUGGCUAUGGGCGCCACGCUUGUCCUGGCAGAUUCUUCGCGGCGAACGAGAUCAAGAUGAUCUUGGCCAAUUUCCUUUUGCGCUACGAGAUCAAGAAUGUCAUCGGCAGCACGAAGCGAUAUCCUAACAUGGAGUUCGCUCACAUGUCUAUCCCUGAUCCAGCCAAGAUGGUGUUGUUCCGAGAUCUCAACAACUGA